UAGGCUACGUUCUGUCGUUUUCUCGACAACGUGGUGUUGUCAAAGUUGGGGUUUGGGAGGAGAUGAAUUAUUUUCUUUGAAGACUACUAGUGAUCAAAAUAUUUUAGCUAUACUGUGUUAAAAUAAUACUACCAAAAUGCCGCUGUACAAUUUCAAGAAAAUUGCUGUUGUCCCUACUUCAAAGGACUUCAUCAACAUAAUAUUGUCAAAGACUCAGAGGAAAACUCCUACAGUUAUUCACAAAAACUACAAAAUAUCACGCAUACGUUCAUUUUAUAUGCGUAAAAUUAAGUUUACUCAACAAAACUUUCAUGAUCGUCUUUCACAAAUCAUCCAGGAUUUUCCUAAGUUGGAUAAUAUUCAUCCAUUUUAUGCUGACCUGAUGAAUGUUCUGUAUGACAAAGACCACUACAAGCUUGGGCUGGGACAGCUUAAUCAAGCAAGACAUCUCAUUGACAAUGUGGCCAAGGAGUAUCUUCGUCUUCUAAAGUUUGGAGAUUCCUUAUACAGAUGCAAGCAGUUAAAGAGAGCAGCUUUGGGAAGAAUGGCCACAAUAAUGAAACGCCAAGCGUCAAAUCUUGAAUACCUGGAGCAAGUGAGGCAACAUCUUGCACGUCUUCCAUCAAUCGAUCCGUACACCAGAACCAUCAUCAUCUGUGGAUUUCCCAAUGUCGGCAAGUCAAGCUUCAUCAACAAGAUAACCAGGGCAGAUGUGGAAGUGCAGCCUUACGCCUUCACUACGAAAUCUCUGUAUGUGGGCCACACAGACUACAAGUACUUGCGUUGGCAAGUGAUUGACACUCCAGGAAUCCUGGACCACCCACUGGAGGAGCGGAACGUGAUCGAGAUGCAGGCAGUGACAGCCCUCGCCCAUCUGCGAGCUGCAGUCUUGUACUUCCUGGAUGUCUCUGAGCAGUGCGGUCAUUCACUUGAAGAGCAGGUCUCCCUCUAUAACAGCAUCAAGCCCCUCUUCGCAAACAAGCCAUUGAUGGUUGUGUGCAACAAAACAGAUAUCGUAAAAGUAGACGAGCUCCCAGAGCAGAAGAAAGAGUUGCUAAGGACCUUUGAGGAGGCUAAAGUGCCUGUGAUGUCAAUGAGCACUCUGACAGAGGAUGGUGUUGCUGAAGUAAAAGAACAGGCAUGCGAAACUCUGCUAGCAUUCAGAGUUGAAAACAAAGCAUUGGGCAAAAAACUUGAUCCUGUUUUGAACAGGUUACGUGUUGCCUAUCCAAAGCAGAGGGACAACAAAGAAAGACCUCCAUGCAUACCUGAAAGUGUGAUAGUGAAGAAGCAGACACAGCAGAGCAGGAAACGCAAGUUGGAGCGUGACAUUGAGGAGGAACUUGGCGACGACUAUGUGCUUGAUCUCAAAAAGAACUAUGAUAUCCCUGAGAAAUAUAAGUAUGACAUUAUACCAGAGAUAUGGGAAGGACACAACAUUGCAGAUUAUAUUGAUCCAGAAAUUUUCAAGAAACUCGCAGAUCUUGAACAUGAAGAAGCACUGCGGGAAGAAGCUGGAAUGUAUGCUGUACCUAAAAUAGAGAUGGAUGAAACAAUGCAAGAAAUACGCGAGCUGGCUCAGAAAAUCAGGGAUAAGAAGACAAUCAUGAAACAAGAAGCUAGGUUGGUGAAACACUCAACGAAACCACAUACACCACGAACAGCAACUGCCAAGGUCAGGGAGAGGAGCGUGAACAGGUUGGAGAAACAGAUGUCUCAACUGGGUGUUGACUUGGAGUCAAAUGAAGAGGCACAUUACAAGAGAACUAGAGGACGCUCAAAAUCAUUGUCAAGGCCUCCAAACAAGAAGAUGAGGAUGGAAUCAGAACCCAGAGCCAGGAGCAUGUCCCGGCCUCCCAGAGAUCUGUCUGGAGUCAAGGAUCCUGCCAUGAGACAAAAGUUAAAGAAAGUUGCACACAAAGCAAUUUCAAAGAAAGUGGGAAAGAAAGGUCUCAAGGGUGAAGCAGAUAGAUUUAUUGGCACCAAAAUGCCAAGGCAUCUCUUCUCUGGCAAGCGCGGCGUGGGAAAAAGUGACAGAAGAUAAAACUGGAUUGCAUGACAUUUUUAUGUUCUAUGUAACCUAUUCUGGAACUGUAUAUAUUUCUAAAGAAAGA